AUGAAGAAAGUGUUUAAAACGCCGGUACGGCGGUUAGAGCGUAGUGACGUGGUGAAGCAUAACAAAGCUAAUGCAGCGUCUUUUUCUAGCUCAUCUGAAGAUCAAUCCGUUUCAAAUUCUUCUCUCUGGAGUGCUCUGAUGACGCGCUCUGGAGAGUUCCCGGAUAGAACCAGUUUCAGGAACUUCAGAGAUGAAGAUGGAGAUAUGGAUCCUGGUGAUUUGGCUAUUUCUGUUGAAGCCUGGGAAGCUUACAAGAAGCGAGAUGAGUUCAAGUCUUCCGACCACGAGAUUCACAAGUAUCCAGUUCAUGAUUUAAAUGAAGCAGGUCCUAGUGGUCAUGCUGAUUCUGAGUUGACGUGGUCAGAGGCGAGCGAGAGUGGGAGUUUUAGGAAUUUGUCGGAUAAAGUUGUACUUGAUGGUGGUAGUAGAGAAGAGAAUAAACGUGGUCUUCAGACGAAGACGAAUAAGGUAAUGUCGAGAGGCUAUCUUGUUCCCAGUCCCAGUGAUGUUGUGGCUGUUGUUGGUGGUGGUGGUGGUAUAGAGGGAGUAAGACCACUGGGGCUUAAGCUUCCUCCGGCGAAACAACCUCCUCUUGAACAUCAUGGAUCAUCUUGGGAUUUCCUUACGCAUUUCGCUCCAGUAGGUGAAAUUGUUAGGCGGCCAAGUUCCUCUUCUUCUUCUGAGGGAGAGGAAGUGGAAAGGGAGGCGAGGCUUCUCGAGUCUGCGGAUACAGCUGAUAAGGCAUGCCCAUUCACUACAAACAAGGGUGGUGACUCCUCUAGUAUAUGA